UUGCACCAGCAGGGCUACCAGAGGAGGAAAGCACGUCAGCAGAUGCAGACCAGGGAGGCUAUGAGCCCACAGGACUCCAAGGCAGCUGGGGCAGAGGCCAUGGAGGGACACAAGGCCCAAAGCCACAAUCGGGGGCAUAUGGAGCCCACAGCGCCUCUGCUUCCUCCUCCUUCACCACCGCCAACUGGGCUGCCGGAAUACCCACGGCCGAGGCUUAUUUUCCACACGCAGCUGGCUCACGGAAGCCCCACGGGCCGAAUCCAUGGAUUCACCAAUGUGAAGGAGCUGUAUGCCAAGAUUGCUGAAGUUUUCAACAUCUCUCACUCAGAGUGGGAGGAAACCGGAGUACCCGGAGAAAACCCACGCAGACACGGGGAGAACAUGCAGACUCCACACAGGCGAGGCCGGAUAUCAACCCGGGUCCUCAGAUCGAUCCUGUUUUGUACCCUCAACUCCCAUAAAGUUGACAUGCAGAAGUUACUAGGGGGGCAGAUUGGACUGGAGGACUUUAUAUUUGCUCAUGUCAGAGGAGAGACGAAGGAAGUGGAGGUGACCAAGACAGAGGACGCAUUGGGCCUCACCAUCACAGACAAUGGUGCUGGAUAUGCAUUCAUUAAGAGAAUAAAGGAAGGCAGCACUAUAGAUCGACUGAAGACAGUGUGUGUUGGUGAUCACAUCGAGGCCAUCAAUGACCAGAGCAUUGUGGGAUGUCGACAUUACGAAGUGGCCAAGAUGUUGAAAGAGCAACCAAGAGACAUUCCCUUCACUCUACGCCUAGUCGGACCUAAGAGGGCCUUUGACAUGAUUGGAAUGAGGACUAAAGUACCCAAGUCGAAUGAGGGCAAGAUAGUCAAGGGAAGGGAAACCCUGCGCCUUCGUUCCAAAGGUUCCGCUACCGUCCAGGAAGUGCAGAAUGAGUUUGAAGAGCGGGCCACCAUGAAAGUGGAUGACCUGCUGGAAAGCUACAUGGGCAUCCGAGAUUUAGAGCUCGCAACCACCAUUGUGGAAGCGGGCAAAGACAAGAAGAACCCUGAUGACUUUGCAGAAGCUCUGGACUCAGUUCUGGGAGAUUUCGCUUUUCCUGAUGUGUUUUUGUUUGAUGUCUGGGGAGCAAUUGGAGAUGUCAAGAAUGGGAGAAUCUAGAUUUUUAUUUAGACCAUAGAGCGGUGUCCCCUGGCACAUCCAAUUAAAAGAAGGCAUUGUAGCCUUCUUAUUUCUUACAUGAAUUUUAAAUUCAUUCAUACAUGUUUAAUGCUUGCAUACAUUUAAUAUUUAUGCAAGAAUCACUUUCUUUUAAAACUAUGGCAGGUACUGAAAUUAAUGUAUUGUUUCUGUUUUGGUAUUUAGACACAUUAUUGUUCACAUCGGACUGAGGAUUUAACCAUUGUGUACAUUAUCAGGCCAAAUAAAUAAUGCACAGAAAAUGUAUUGCAUUUACAGUACAGUGGAAGUCACUUUUAAAUAAUUAAUAGAAAAAAUAAUUCGCAAUCAUGUUUACAACAACACCAAUUGUACAAUAGUUAAGAUUGUGUUUAGUUUUGAAAGAAAAAAAGAAGAAAAAAAAAAAGGCAUCUUGGAUUCCAGACUA